AUGGCCUCCAAAGCGUGUCUCUGCCGUGGUUCCAUCAGUAAGCUUUCUUGCUCCCUCGAGCUGACUUCAGACAUCGAUGAGUUCUACCUCCUCCCCCACAUCGUUCGCCCGGGCGAGACGAUAGCCUCGACUGGCUUCAGCCGCAAGACGGGUGGCAAGGGCGCCAACCAGGCUUUCGCGUGUGGACGUGCCGGUGGACGCGUUGUUCUCGACGGCAACAUUGGUGCCGACGGCGAGGCGGCCAAGAGGUUCAUCGAGAGCGGCGGCGUCGAUGUCUCUCGCGUACACGUUCUUGACGGCGAGCGUGCCGCCGACGGCGAGAACAGCAUCGUCCUUCACGCCGGCGCGAACGCCAGGGCUGACGCGAACGGUCCCCAGCUGGAGGGCUACACGCAUGUGCUGCUGCAGAAUGAAAUCCCCCUCGUCGACACGGUGGCGUACAUGCGCGAGGCGGGUGCCCGCGGCCUGACGACGAUCUACAACCCGUCGCCGAUGCCGAGCGUCGCCGAGCUCCGCGUCUUCCCCUGGGACUGCCUCAAGUUCCUGAUCGUGAACGAGGGCGAGCUCGAGGCCAUCCUCGACGCGUACGAGAAGGUGCCCGUCGAUGCGGGACUCAGCGUCGCCGAGGCGAGCAUUAUCCGCAUGAAGGCUCUUCACGCCGCCAAGGAGUUUAACCCCAAAAUCGUCAUCGUCACGACCAUCGGACCCGACGGCGUCCUCGCUCUCGUCCCCGGGCAGGAGAUCCAGAGCUUCCCCGCUGUCCCCGCCAAGAAGGUCGUGGACACGACUGGCGCCGGUGACACGUUUGCGGGCUACUUCACCGCCAUGCUCAUGGAGAAGGGCGACGACGCGCCCCUCAAGGACAUCUUCCCAACCUGCAUUACGGCGUCUACCCUCGCUGUUGAGAACCCGGGUGCGAUGGAGAGCAUUCCCGCGCGCGCCGACGUCGACGCCCGUGUGGCGACUCUCAACCUCUAA